CUGAAAACCUAACUUGCUUGUUUAAUAAACUUGUUGAAUCUUAUAAAUACACGAAACAAUUGGCUGAAUAUGAAACUAAGGAAACCCAAAGAAUUCGUAAUACAUCUACCGAGUUGAUUAAAAACCGAAUUCAAUUAUUUGAACCAUUUUUUUCUGAAUUAAGUGAUCUUAAAAAUGAGUUACAAAAAUAUAUAAUUUGCGAAAAAUACUAUAAUCAAAUCAUUGCAAAAGAUAACUAUUUGGACUUUUUAAAUAGUAAAAUAUCUGAUUAUCCUCGAAAAAGAAGUCGUAAUUCAAAUAAUAAUAGCACUAUUUUAAGCAAUACUCUAGAACCUUCAACUGUUGAUAUCAGAAUUCAAGUAACAAUAGAUAGUGAUUUAACACAAAUAAAUACCUUAAAAGCUUUUUUGGCUAAUCUUGUAACAGAUCAUUCUAAACAAUUACAACUAAGUAAUUGGUUAAGAACCUUAAAGUCAGAUAACCUAAUUAUAAAUCAGAACUGUCAGAUUUUAAGUUCAGCAGGUUCUAAUUUAGAUAUAGAUAAUGAAAGUUUAGGACAACAUGCUCGACCUGAUUCUUAUGUAGAACAACAACGCUUUCAUACAGACAUUAACUUGAGUGAGGAAAUAAAAUCAUUUAGUGCACUUGUACAAGAAAAAAGGCAAAUGUUUAUUCGAAAUACCUUAUUACAGCCAACUGAAAUACGAGACUUAAAUAGUGCUGAAGAAACUAUUGAUGAAGAAAAUAUUAUUAAUGAGCAUAUUAAUGAAAAUUAA